AUGACUCCGGAAGCCGUCGAAGAGUGCGAGCGCGAGCGCAUUCGUGACUUGUCCAGAUAUUACUGCACCGUUCAACAAUCCACCCCCGUCGGGACGACCAAUGCCCCCACGGGCGACGAACAGCCCGCCAGUUGUGAAUUGGCCCAGGACAUCACCCUCACCGCCCUGGCCCAGCUGGGGGUCUUGCGCUUCAACGCCAAUCGGUCCUUCGUAUCCAUCAUCGACGGAGACACCCAGCAUAUCAUCGCCGAAGCCACCGGAUCGAUCUCACUACGAGACAAGGCGCGUCACGACCCCGGGAAUGGGAUCUAUCUGGGAGCAUGCUCCCUCAACUUGACCUGGGGCGUAUGUCCCCACACCAUCCGCCUCUUCACCGGCCGGGAGCCCAACGAAAUCGAGUCCGCCAACGUGACGGCAAACAAGUCUCGCUAUAUCAUCCGUGAUUUCACACAGGAGGACUGCUUCAAGGACCGACCGUAUGUGAAGGAAUGGCCGCAUAUGCGCUUCUACGCCGAGGUGCCGCUGUUCAGUGCAUCCGGAUACGUCCUGGGCUCCUACUGUAUCGUGGACGACAAACCGUGGACCGAGUUCGGGGAUGACCAGGUGCGGGAUCUACAGGAAGUGGCGGAUGCCAUUGGACAUCAUCUGGAGAACGUGCGGCGCGGCCAGGUGCAUUUGCGGGCCGAGCGACUGGUCAAGGGGUUGACGAACUUCGCCAAGGCACAUACCGACUUCGACCCGACCGAAGUCUCCAACGGGGGCAGGAUCGAACUCAGUGUGAGUGCUGCGCAUUUGGCAUGUAACGAGGAAUCAAACACCCCAGUCCCUCCAGUGGUGGUCACCCCUUUGCCCCCGACAGAGGGUGAUACCCCGAGCUCUGAGCCGUCCUCCAUAUCCACUGUUACCGGAAAGGAAUCGGUUUCAUUCCCACUAGAUCAGCAAUCGACAACCGAUCCCUCAUCUCUUCAUUCGAUUUCCGGCGGCCCGACAGUGUUGAGUCCGGCGGAGGAAAAGACUCUAGAAAAUGCUAUGAAAUCAGACGUGGGGACACAGGGUGUCGAAAAGGGCCUUUCACAAUUGACAAUCGCCGAGAGCAUCCCGGUCCAUGAGCGGAUUGGGGCGAUAUAUUCAUCCGCCACUGGUUUACUCCGAGAGUCCAUGGACCUUGAUGGUGUUGCACUUUUCGAUGCUUGCCCGACCAACUUCGCCUUUGUCCCCGAUGAAAUAAAAGACUGGGAGCCAUUGCCGGAAAUUGUCGAUGGCCGUUUCCCGAUCGCCCCACUGCCAAGUCCUCUCGGCCUGCCCCAGGCUGUGUCGCAGGAAUUCAACCAGCCUAGUGAUGUUCUUAGUUGCGCAUUGAAGCCGAAUGGCGCGAAUGUUUCGGCCCUUCCCCCGAAUAUUCCAAAAGGACUGCUGCACCAGCUACUAAGGACUUGUCCUAAGGGCCAAGUGAUAAUUUUCGACGACAUCACUGAGGAUAACUAUUGGAAUCAUGGCUCCACAGAGCCAUUCAAGCCCACCACUGAGCCGGUCAGCUUGCCAGUGUUGUCCAAGCAGCUCGCUCAUCAUAUCCCCGAUGCCAAGUCGGCCAUUUUCCUGCCGUUGUGGGAUUGGAACAAAUCCCGCUGGCUUUCUGGUGUUCUGGCGUGGACUAAGAGUAGCUUCCGAGCACUGGGGCUUGAGGAACUACAUUACUUUAACGUUUUUGGUGACUCAAUUAUCUCAGAGGUGUCCCGUAUAAACUGGGCGAACGACGAGCGAUCCAAGUUCGACUUCAUCUCCUCUGUGAGCCAUGAGCUGAGAUCUCCAUUGCAUGGAAUACUCGCAAGUGCAGAGCUGCUGAAUGCCACCUCUCUCGACGGAGUUCAAAAUGACAUGGUCGGCAUGAUCGAGAAGUCCGGACUCACCUUACUUGAUACAACAAACCACAUGCUGGACUUUUGCAAAGUCAACAAUCUGCGUCAUUCCCGAAAGAUGAGCCAGGCGCUGGACAGCGACACCGGGAAUCUUGUUUCUGAUUUCGAUGUUAGCGAGUUGGUGGAAGAGAUUGCGAACAUUAUGUACACCGGCCAUCGAGCACCUGCUCGAGCCACCAAAACCGCCCGUAGGAUGUCAACCGACGCGGGCAUGGCUGAAUCCAGUCCUGUGCAGUUCGAUUCGGCCGGCCAGAUGUCGAUAGUUGUACGCAUCGACCAGUCCAAUGACUGGAACAUUCGAUCGCUUGCAGGGGCCUGGAGAAGAAUAGUCAUGAAUCUCCUUGGAAACGCGAUCAAAUGGACUGACACCGGGUUCGUCGAGCUUUCGCUAUCAAAAAUUAAGGAUUCGACGAACUCCCAGCCCCUUGUCCACCUUUCUAUCACGGACACUGGCCGAGGGAUUGCGGCCGACUUCAUCAAGCACAAGCUGUUUGUUCCAUUUUCGCAAGAGGAUCCGCUUUCUGAGGGCGUGGGACUGGGUCUCAGCACCGUCCAUCAGCUAGUGACAUCGCUUGGAGGUCACAUUAACAUCAGAAGUGAGAUGGGCAUCGGAACCCAAGCAGAUGUCUACAUACCUGCUGAAGAGCCUCCGGUGGGGACUGAUGGAGACAAGACUCUCGCCCCGGAAACUCUCAGCAAACAUCCCGCCCCGUUUCAUGCGUGCUUGGUUGGCUUUAAUGGCUACCCCGAUAUCACCGAAGCACCAACUGGAAUACUCACCAUAGAGGGGAAACGGAAGCUCAGCAUUCAAAGCACCCUCGCCAGUAUCUUCAUGUCGAACCUCAAGUGGAACAUCUCCCUAGCUGAUUCCAUUGAAGAAGCGCAUGGCCAAGUCAUCGUCAUCGAAGAAGUUUCACUCGGUCGCGUUCUGACAAAACGCUGUCAAAGCGUCACAGAACUGGCCGCUGAAGUCGGAGUAGACUUUUUCAUCGUACUUUGCGACAAUGCGCCAGUCGCCCCGGAAAUUCCGUCGGCGAACCUCGUUCGCGUGAUUCAGCCACUUGGACCUCGCAAAGUAUUGAGUGCCGUCGAGCGAAUCAUGCACCUGCGCGAACAAAGGUUGCUAGCUGUCUCGGACACACCCGACCUCACUCCGCCGGCACUUUCGACGGACAAUAAAUCCCCGUCGGACUCUGUGUUGGAUAUCGAUGAGCCACCUGCAGUAACACCUGUUCCUCCAUUGAAAAGCAUGGAAUUAGCAUCUACCCCGCCCUCAUUGCGCAAGCAAGCGGUGGCGCACGUCCUCAUCGUCGAUGACAACGACAUCAACCUCAAGAUCAUGGCCACGUACAUGGGAAGGAUAAACUGCAGCUACGAGACAGCCAGCAACGGACUCAUUGCCUUCGAAAAGUUCAAGUCCUCCACCUCUCGAUACAACUAUGUCCUGAUGGACAUUUCCAUGCCAGUGAUGGAUGGAAUCGUAUCCACCACCAAAAUCCGCGAACAUGAGCGAGAAGCAGGCCUUGUUCCAACUUGCAUCAUGGCCCUGACGGGCGUUUCCUCCGCUGGCUUCCAGCACCAGGCGUACACCGCCGGCGUCGACAACUACCUCAUCAAACCUCUUUCGCUCCGCGACCUCAAAACCCUUAUGAACAUUGCAUGA